CCCUUCUUCUCUUCUUGUUCUUCCUGGUAUAUAUAUACAAUAUUACCUCUUCUUCAUCAUCAGCUUCGAGUUUCUGUAAUGAGAAACACCUUUUAGUUCAUAUAGAUAUAUAUAUAUAUAAGCACACUCAGUAUCGUAAUAAUUUCUCUAUGGAGUUCAAGAUCAGAAGCUAUGACGAACAAUCUGAUAGAGCUCAAGUGGAAGAUCUCGAGAGAAGGUGCGAGGUAGGGCCAGCAGAAAGCGUUUUUCUCUUCACAGACACUAUGGGUGAUCCCAUUUGUAGAAUCCGAAACAGCCCCAAAUACAAUAUGCUGGUAGCAGAGUUGGAUAAGGAAUUGGUUGGUGUGAUUCAAGGUUCUAUAAAAUACGUGACAGUACCAUGCAAGGAUUUGGCUAAGGUAGGCUAUGUCCUAGGUCUGAGGGUAGUGCCUCAACUUCGAAAAGGGAUAGGUUCAAGGCUUGUUUUAAAACUCGAAGAAUGGUUCAAAUCAAACGACGUGGACUAUGCUUACAUGGCGACAGAGAAAGAGAAUCAUGCUUCUGUUGGUCUUUUCAUGAACAAGUUUGGGUACACCAAGUUCAGAACACCUUCUAUUCUGGUGAACCCAGUGAACCAUAGGUGCUUCAGAAUCUCACCCAACAUUGAGAUUUCAAUGGUCAAGAUCGAUCAAGCUGAAUCUCUGUACAGAAGAUUCAUGGGGUCCACUACUGAGUUCUUCCCCAUUGACAUAGACAAAAUACUCAGAAACAAGCUUAGUUUAGGGACAUGGGUGGCUCACUUCAAAGGAGAUUAUUUUGGGAGCCAAACAGUCCCUAAUAGUUGGGCCAUGCUUAGUGUUUGGAACAGUGGAGAAAUCUUCAAGCUGAGGCUAGGCAAAGCACCUUUCUAUUGCUUGCUAUACACUAAGAGUUGGGGUUUGAUUGAUAAGAUUUUCCCAUGCUUGAAGCUUCCAAGUUUGCCUGAUUUCUUCAGUCCAUUUGGGUUUUAUUUUUUGUAUGGGGUUUAUCAUGAAGGGCCAUUCGCUGAGAAGCUCGUGAGAGGGUUGUGUGAGUUUGUGCACAACAUGGCAGCCAAGUGUAAAGAUGAGAAUUGUAAGAUCGUUGUGACUGAAGUUGGAGGGAGAGAUGAACUGAAACAUCACAUUCCACAUUGGAAAUUGCUGUCAAGUACUGAAGACUUGUGGUGCAUAAAGGCACUCAAAAAUAAUAAUGAUGCCUCCAAUAGUACUACGUUUCAUGAGUUAACCAAAACUCCACCAACUAGAGCUCUUUUUGUAGAUCCAAGAGAGGUUUAAAGCUAUAUAUCUCUCAAGCAAUAAAGCAAAUAAAAAAAAAAGUAAUGAUGAUGAUUAAAAAAAGUUGAGUU